CGUCAGUCAGUUUUAUGUUGACCGUCACUCACUCAAGCCGCAUCACAAAACAGCCAUGAGAGUUUUGGUAGCAUUGACGUUGUGUUUAGCUCUAGCCUCAACGGCGCAGGGAAGUUCCUUCUUGGACAGCCUUAAAGAUUCCUUCUCACACAUUGGCGAUGCCUUUACUCAGACUUUCCAUCAGAUGGGACAGCAAGCCACAGAUGUUGGCAAGCAACUCCUGAACCAGGCUGCAGAACAGGGAAAACAAAUACUGGGACAGACGGCUCAGAGUUUAUUGCUUGGGACCAUGAACGCACUUUCAGCUACGUCAGCACCAGCCACAAAGCGUGAGUUGAGUGCACUAACACAUCAACUUCAGCCUUACCUCGACAGCAUUGAUGCCAAGAGCCACGAAUUACAAGGUUUAUUCCAGGCUGCCAUGGGGAGUUUAGAGGAGGUUUCACACCACAUCACCGAACUCUCGCCUUCAGAAAUUGCUUCCAAGGUGGACAGUGUCAUCGCGUCCCACAGUCUAUUGGCUGAUCAUAUUCUCCAUGAUCUCCACUCCGCCUUGACAAGUCACCGGAGAAGAUCACUUUCUGAUACUUUGUCCGCUGUAGGAAACCAGAUCGUAUCAUUGUUUUCGACCCACAUUCAUGCUGUGAACAAUAUCCUGGACAACGCCGGAUCUCUCAUCAAACAAGAGUCUUCAACUGCAGCUGAAACCAUGACACAAACACUAGGUCAACUGACAGGCUCAUUGGCAAAGCAAGUAGCUCACAUGGGCGUAUCAGGUCACACGGUCAUCAACCAAGGCGCUCAGACACUCAACGCCCUCCAACAAGUCCUGUCUGGAGUCAUGCACCAAGAUUAGACCACCGUUCAGCUAAACGUACUACAUUGUACUGGCGUAUACUGGCGUAUAUAUCUUCUGCAGUACCAAGUUGAAUGUCAAAUUUAAUAUCACAACAUAAAUAAAAUACAUCAAACAACA